AUGGCCGCUCUCCGCGCGUUUGCGGCCGUGUUGCUGUUGGCGUCCAUCUGUGCUGCUGAGGCCAAGGCCUACCCCACUGCUCUGGCGGCCCUGGAGUCAAACAAGAACCUGACCCUGUUCACCAAAUUGGCUGAGGCAUCUGGCCUCAAGCCCUUCCUCAAGUCCCCCCUGACCAAGGCCACCAUCUUCGCCCCCACCGAUGCGGCCAUCCUGGCUCUGGCCAAGGUGCUGAAGCGCACCCCUGCAUCCCUGCUGACCCCUGAGUCAAGCCUGCUGGUGGACCGCGUCAUUGGCCAGCACAUUGUCCUUGGGUCCAGUCUCAAGGCCGCGUCUGUCACCGACGGCGCAAAGCUGAAGACCGCCGGCCACGGCACACUCAAGGUCGUCGUCACGAAGGCGGCACGCAAGCUGCUGGCCGCGUCGUGGCGCGCUCUGCUGCAAGCCAAGGCGGGCGGCAAGGUGGUUGUGGUCGGUCCCCAGAACAACGCCACCGUGGUGGGCACCGACCUGAUCGGCGGCAAUGUGACCAUCCAUGUCAUCGACGCUGUGCUGCUGCCUUCCAACGUGUUCCCCACACUUGCUGCGGCCCUGGCCUCUAGCCCCACCGUCUCUGUUCUGGCCUCCUUCAUCGCCAAGGACCCCAAGCUCGCAGCAGCCGCCGCAGACCCCACCACCAACAUCACCCUCCUUGCGCCCGUCAACAAGGCGCUCGAGGCCGUGGCCGCCACGCCCGCGGGCAAGGCCCUCAUUGCCAACGCUGCCAAGCUGCACAAUGUGCUGGCCUACCACGCCAUCAAGCCUGCCACCAUUGUGCCCACAUUCAAGGGCAAGGGCACUGAGAAUUUUGAGACCCUGGCAGGCGUGCCUGUCACCGUCACAAAGGUGAUCAGCAAGAAGGGGAACACGACCACCGGUGUCGUGACCAUCACCGGCAAGGCGGGCGGCAAGGCUGUGAUCCGCAAGCACAACAUCAUCGCCGGUGCCAGCUACGUCAACGUCAUCGAUGGCGUGUUGCUGCCCUAG